AUGUCCGUCUGGAACCCUGAAAACAUUCGCGACGUGGCCGAGUCCGUCGGCAUCGUCAACCUGCACAACGAGGUCACCGAGAACCUCGCCCGCGACGUCGAAUACCGCAUCGCGCAAGUCCUUGAAGAAGCGCUGAAGUUCAUGCGCCACAGCAAGCGCACGACCAUGACAACACAGGAUGUUUCACAUGCACUACGGGUGCUGGACGUGGAGCCGUUGUAUGGGUAUGAGUCGACGAGGCCGUUGCGGUUUGGCGAGGCGUCGCUGGGGCCUGGGCAGCCGUUGUUUUAUGUGGAGGAUGAGGAGGUGGAUUUUGAGAAGUUGAUUAAUGCGCCGUUGCCCAAGGUGCCGAGAGAGAUUUCUUUUACUGCACACUGGCUCGCCGUCGAAGGUGUCCAACCAUCCAUCCCUCAGAACCCAACUGCCGCGGAAUCACGGAACCUCGAACUCCUCUCCAAGGGUCCGAAUGCCAACUCAACGCUGGCCGCCAUGAGCGGCACCAACGUGGCCGUCAAACCCCUGGUCAAGCACGUGCUAUCCAAGGAGCUACAGUUGUACUUUGAGAAGGUGUGCGGUGCGUUCCUGGACUCGAGCGAGGAGUACCGGACGAGUGGGUAUGCGAGUCUACGGGAGGAUCCUGGGCUGCAUCAGCUGGUGCCGUAUUUUGUGCAGUUUAUUGCCGAGAAGGUUACGCAUAGCUUGAAGGAUAUUUUUGCGUUGACGCAGGUGAUGCAUAUGACUGAGGCAUUGGUGCAGAACAAGUCACUUUAUGUUGAUCCAUACGUCGCAUCACUGAUUCCCCCGAUCCUAACCUGUCUCAUCGGCCGCCAACUAGGCGGCAACGCAGAUUUAACAGAGCAAUUCGCCCUGCGCGACCUCGCCGCCUCGCUCCUCGGCCUGAUUGGCAAGAAAUACUCGCACUCGUCGCACGCGCUCAAACCCCGUCUCGCCCGCUCAUGCCUCAAGACCUUCCUCGACCCCGCCAAGCCCUUUGGCGCUCACUACGGCGCCGUCAUUGGCCUACACUCUGUAGGCGGUUCCGAGGCUGUCCGCGUCUUGAUCCUCCCGAACCUAGCGACGUACUCGAACAAUCUCCUCGGCGACGGCCUGGCCGAUGAUAACCCACGCCGACCGGAAGCUGAACGCGUCCUGGAGGCGCUGCUAGCCGUGCUGGGGACAUUGAGGGAGGGCUGUCUGCCGCAGGUGAAUGGCCAUGUGCCACAGGUUACGGAAGAUGUCCGGGAGCAGCUUACAGGGAGAGUUGGGGAUAUAAUUGCGGCUAGAAUUGCAGAGGGAGGUGAGGUUCAGCUGGCGCAGGCGAUAUUGGAGGCUUAG